AUGAACAUCUGGGCGUCCGGCUUCUCACUCGCCACAGCCACCUCGGCCACAUGCCUCCUCUGCCACCGCGGACUCCGGCAGCUUCCUCACCAGAGUCCCCAAACUCGUGCUUUCUUUGUAAUCUGCUGCAUCGGAUCACCAGUGUGCCCCACCACGUCAGACGCAGCUGUGGACACCAGCUCCAAGAUCACCACCAAGGACUUAAAGGAGAACAAGGAGGCUGUGGAGGAGGCGGAGAAUGGAAGAGAUGCAUCCACUAACGGGAACGCUAACAAGGAAAAUGGGGAACAGGAGCCUGACAAUGAGGUAGAUGAAGAAAAGGAUGAAGAUGGGGAGGAAGAAGAGGAGGAGGAAGAAAGUGAUGGUGAGGAAGAGGAUAGAGAUGAAGAUGAAGAGGCUGAGGCAACUACGGGCAAACGGGCAGCUGAAGAUGGUGAGGAUGAUGAUGUUGACACCAAGAAACUGAAGACUGAUGAGGAUGACUAG